AUGGACCCCAUGUUGUUCAAGUCCAUUAUCUCGCUCGCUGUUGUUGCCUCGGCCGCCGCCGCCGCCGCCAAGGGAAAGGCUUUUGACCACAUCUUCAUCGUCUUCCUCGAGAACACCGACUACGACAAGGCUGCCACCGACCCCAACCUCAUGUCCUACUUCCCCGAUGCCGUCGUCCUUGACAACUACUAUGGUGUCACCCAUCCCUCCGAGCCCAACUACAUUGCCGCCUCUGGUGGAGACUACUUCGGCAUGGCCGACGAUGGCUUUUACAACAUCCCCUCCAACUACACAACCAUUGUCGACCUGUUGGAGCCUAAGGGCUUGACCUGGAAGGCCUACCAGGAGGAUGCCCCCACGCCCUGCUUCAAGGACUUCGAGAGCAACGGCGAGUACUUCCGCAAGCACAACCCCUUCAUCAUUUACGACAGCAUUUCCACCAACGCCACUCGCUGCAGCAACAUCGUCCCCGCCACCCAGCUCCAGGCCGAUCUUGCCGCCGGUAACAUGCCUAACUACGCCUUCUACACCCCCAACAUGAUCAACGACGGUCACAACAGCACCGUCGCCGUUGCUUCGAACUGGUUGAAGGGCUUCUUGACCCCUCUCUUGGCUGAUAAGACCUUCAUCAACAACACCCUUGUCGUUGUCACCUUUGACGAGACCGAGACCUAUGCCCUCGAAAACCGCGUCCUGACCCUCCUCCUCGGUGACUCUGUCGCGGCCCUCAAGAACACCACCGACUCGACUUUCUACACUCACUACUCGCUCCUUUCGACCAUCGAGUCCAACUGGGACUUGGGCAACCUCGGUCGCCAGGACGCCAACUCCACCGUCAACAACGUCUUUGACUAUGUUGCCAAGGUCACCGGUGCCAAGAACAACAACAUCACUGUGGGACCUCUCUUGAACAGCACCGUCCCCGGCUUCUUGACCCCUCCCCCUCAGAGCACUUCUGCUGCUGGUUCUACCCCCACUGGCAAGGCCUCUGCUGCCGCUGGCGUCAACACUAUUUCCAAGGCCGCCCUUACCGUCGCUGCCCUUGCCGGUGCCUUUGCUGCCUUCUUGUAG